CGUCAUUUGUCACAAGUGCGUUCUUGACACUUUGAGUUGGCGGGCUGGCUAUGGUCUAACUGGACGUGUGCGAGGAGUUAUUUUAGGGAGAUGGGAGGAAAGAUACAUUAAAUGUCAUCAUGUACGGAUCACAGGUAACUCGGGCGAUGAAGAAUUCGGCGAGCCAUCUAAGAGUGAACUGAAUCAACGCGGCAAAAGCUGCCUUUGGCCAGGCCUGAUGGAGAGCCCUUCCCCGACUGAUCGACGCCAGGCAUGGGUGCGCACUAGCCGGCACUGGCUCACCCUGGAGGACACGAUCCCCCAGGAGACCCAAGAGCUCCCCACCCUCUCCGAUGCCCUACCUGAUGACGACGUCUUCUUGGAAGGAUGCUCUGCUGGAAAGAUCGAGAGCUGGCUCCAAGGCUGUGGGCCAGAUCUGGGCCCGGAAGACCCCGGUCACAUGAGCAUAGAAUCUUUGCUCAAAGCCGGGAGCAGUUUUGAAGAUGACCUGAGUCUGGGUGCCGAAGCAACCAUUUUAAAUAUUGAAGAGAAUGGAUCAGACAUGGGCAGCUGCCCCCUACUGCUGCCACCACCCAGAUAUCGUCAGAAGGGACUGGCCACCAGCACCCCCCAGCAGAGGCUCACCCUGCCGUUUGCCAACCUGGGCCACAGCAUGGCAUCCAGUGGCUUCUCCUCCUCUACCAGCAAAACUGCUUCCAGCGUGUCCGAGGUGCUGCAGCUGUGUGCGGAGGACGCGGAGGAGACUCUCUACCAGCUGGGCUUCGGCUGCGACGAGCCCCAGGUCACCGCCCGCAUCCCCGCCCGCUUCUUCAGCUUCCCCUCCCAGCUGCGCGGCAUCAACUUCCGCCUCUUCCUGGAGUCCCAGCUGCAGCGGCUAAAGCAGGAGGACCCGGGACUCUCGCUGGCCAGUCGUUUCCGGCAGGUGGAGGUGCUCACAGCGAUGGCCAACGCCUUCUAUUCGCUGUACUCAUAUGUGUCGAAGACGCCCCUCCAGAAGCUUGCCCCGCCUGAGUUCACCUUUUCCGCGUCACCGGUGGAGGCCAAGAUCGGGCCGCGCUUCUUCAGCAGCGUCCGCAGCGAGCCGCGCUCGCCCGUGGAGCGCUUCAAGGACACUGUGUCCAAAAUGUGCCUCUACACAGGCUCCUCCUCCCGUGGCUCUGACUCCGCCUCCCCGCACGCCUCCCCCCGCAAGCGCAGCAGCCUGCCGGAGCUGGUAAACUUCGUCAUCGGGAGCAACAAGACGGAAGCCAUCCAGGAAGGUGACGCGGAAGACAGGAGUCAGAAGAUGGCUGAAGACGCAAGAGUGGGCACGGACGCACAGGGACAGAGGGAAUGUGGGAUAGAGGGAGACGGAAAGACUGGAGGAGAAGAGGAUGGGGCCAGAGAGAGGGACGGUGAAGGACACAGGGAAGGAGACUCUGAGCUAGCCUUGGACGGGAUUCAGUGCCAAAGUGCAUCACUCGCAGAUCAGAAAGUGGUCACCGGAACUGCAGUCCAGCAGUGUGGGUCCAGUCUUGUGGGGUCGCAGCCCUGUCAAAUCUCAAGCCCCAGCUCUGACCUGGGCUGCCCAGCGGAGCCUGAACGAUUUACCCAUCUUGCCCUGCACACUGUCAAACCCGGUGGCAGCUUCUCUCCAGUUCCCAAGUUCACCCAGGACAUCAUCUGCCCUCAGAUAGUAGAGAGGGUCCAUCAGGCACCAUUCAACUGUCCUCAAGGAAAAGAGACAUUGCUUCCUCCUAUAGUUGUCCCUGUGCAGGGGGAACGUGGGCAUGACAGAACCACUCCUCCAGGUUGUCAGGGUGGGGACCACAAAGGUUCAGCCAAGGCAUGUGUAGCAUUAGACAUUAUUGCUGAAGAAUCAAAGUCAGAAGAGGAUGAGAGCUGUUUGGGACAUCUCCAUCCAGAUGGCAUUAGACCACUGGCAUCCACACCUGCCUUCUACCCUAUCUGUACCGGACAGGAGUCACCUUGCCGUAUCACUGUUACUGGCUGGGAAGGUGACACCACCACCAGUUACACAGACACCCCUAAGAAGUGCCAAGCCACCCCAAACCCAGACUCGGAGGGGAACCAGCAUUAUCUGAGUCCUGUCAGACCGCCAGCUCUGGGACAAGCUCCCCAGAGCAACCAGCAGGCAAACUCCUUUGAGCUGGAGGAGGUCCACAGUGCAGGGGAGGAUGACAUGGGCCAGUCAGAAGGUCGGAGUGCAGUGGCUUCGUCUCUGCUGUCAGCCGUAAAACGACGCGGAGGCCUUCCUCUGCGAGGAGACAGCGUACAGUCAGACAGCAGCGGCUACGCUGAGGAAGACUUCAACCCUUCUUCCUCAUCCCCGGAGGGAGAGGGAAGCUGAGAGCGACAAUCCAGCAAACGCCACUCACUCUGGGAGCGACCGAGAACUCUCAGAUGGACUUCAUAAUGACCCGCCCGUGGCUGGGUCUCUCCGUGUGUGUGUGUGUGUGUGUGUGUGCUUUAAAUUACAAUCAAAUUGUGUGAAUGAGUCUGUGAACUGCCUUGUGUGCCUUAGACUGGGGACAGGUUUCUCAUGAGACAGUGGAUGAGCAACCCUGGGGGUGUGUUGAGUGCGUGUGAGGAGGUCUCACAGUGUUGAGCCCUGCGGAGAGCACAUUUUUAUGAGCUCUUUUACUUCUGCUGUUAAUAUUACACA